AUGAACGGUCCCGAGAUAUGGCACACCUCAGUACAGCUCCUCUUCGUCGCUCAACUAGCCGUCACCGUCCUUUGUGGAUGCACUCUUCACCCCGAGGCGGCCGACCGUCUCUACGACACGAAGCCCGCUAUCCCAUGUCCUGAAUUGGUCAUUGAAUACACCAAUGUUGAUCAAACUAAAACGGAAUUGGUGCAGUGUCCUGGAGAUUACCUUAUAAGGACUUUUGAAUGUGGCUACCGAGAUUGUGCAGUUCUCUACGACAAGAUGGGCAACCACAGUAAUACCUUGUGGGCGCACACAACAUCUGGGGACCCGGCCGCAACAGGCGCCGUGCAUUAUCUAGGACGCCUUCCACACCGCUUCUUGCUACCGUCUUCGGAAACGAAGAUCACUUAA